GACGCUUCCUCUGUUUCGUGGUGGGACAGAGUCGCUACCAAUUCACGGUCCUACCGUUUGGUCUGUCCACUUCCCCCAGGGUCUUUACAAAGUAUAUGGUGGUGGUAGCGGCCUACCUCAGACGCCAGGGGGUCCAAAUAUUCCCAUAUCUGGACAACUGGCUAGUCAAAGGCACCUCCCGGUCGCAGGUGAGGGAUCAUGUGGCGCUCCUCCUGUCCAUGUGCACCGCCUUGGGCCUGUUGGUAAACAACACCAGGGCCACGUUAGUCCCAGUCCAACGCAUAGAGUUUAUCGGGGUGCUACUGGACGCAAUGUCUGCCAGAGCCUCUCCCCCACCAGACAGGUUCGAGACCCUGAAAGGGCUCAUCGACUCGGUCACAAGGUUCGCAGUGCUGACAGUCAGGGCUUGCCUGUAACUGCUGGGUCAUAUUCUGAGUCUGUGCACACAGACAUGAGGCCCCUCCAGCUCUGGCUGGCCUCGCAGUUCUCUCAGGCCAUGGACAGGAUGGACAAGGUCCUCACCAUGCCAGACUCUGUGAUCACCUCCCUACGGUGGUGGUCCACCCCAAACAACAUGUUCCAAGGGGUCCCGUUCAGGGACAGGGCCCUGUCGUUGGAGCUGUGUCCGACGUGUCAGACCUGGGUUGGGGGGCCCAUGUGGGGAACUUUCAGACCCAAGGCCUGUGGUCUUUGCAAGACCUACCCCUUCAUAUAAAUGUCAAGGAACUCAGGGCGGUGCGACUGGCGUGUAUGGCGUUCCGCUCGCACCUGGAGGCCAAGGUAGUCAGGAUCCUCACGGACAACACGGCCUCAAUGUUCUAUAUCAACAGGCAAGGCGGGGCCUGAUCCUCUGCCCUCUGCCAUGAAACCUUCAGUCUGUGGGACUUCUGUAUAGCCCACAACAUCUACUUAAAAGCCUUCCACCUGCCGGGCGCCCGGAAUGUGAGGGCGGAUCGCUUAAGCAGGAAUUUUUCCUCUCAGCACGAGUGGUCGCUACACCCGGAAGUGGCUCACUAACUCUUCCAAAGGAGGGGUACUCCCAAGGUGGACCUAUUUGCAACCAGGCAGAACCGACGAUGCCCCUGGUUCUGCUCCGGGGGGGCCUAGGGAGGGGCGCUAUCUCCGAUGCCUUUACCCUGUCCUGGUCAGGCCAGCUCCUCUAUACCUUUCCCCUGUUCCCUCUGAUCAGCAAGGUUCUGGAGAAAAUAAAGACGGACAAAGCCAGGGUCCUCCUCAUUGCCUCAGCGUGGCCCAGGCAACACUGGUACGGGACCCUAUCGGGCUGGCGGUAGCUCCGCCAUGGCAGUUGCUGCUCUGCCUGGACCUGCUCUCUCAUGACCAGGGCCACCUCCUCCAUCCCAACUUAGCAACACUUCAUCUCACUGCAUGGCUGCUCAAUGGCUAGGUGGCAAGGAAAGGACAUGCUCGGAACAGGUUCAGCGCGUCCUCCUCAAAAGUAGAUGGUCCUCCACUCGCUGGUCCUAUGUGGCGAAGUGGUCUUGGUUUUCGAGGAGGGUGGCAGGCCAGGGUGUUUCCCUGACGGCCACCCCGAUUCAGCUUAUCCUUGAUUACCUCCUCCACCUGAGGGCCCAGGGACUGGCACCCUCAUCAGUCAGGGUACACUUGGUGACCAUAUCAGCCUUUCAUCCCCCGGUGCAAGGGCACACAGUGUUUUCCCAUGCUAUUACUGGCUGGUUCCUUAAGGGUUUGGACCAUCUCUACCCAUAUUCCAAGCCCCUGGUUCCGCAAUGGGAUCUAAACCUGGUGCUGGCUUGUCUCACGGGGGCCCCAUUUGAACUACUGGCCACGUGUUUCUGGUCUCACCUCUCAUGGAAGGUGGCCUUCCUGGUAGCUAUCACGUCAGUCAGGCGGGUCUCGGAGCUCAGGGCCCUAGCCUUUGAACCGCCGUAUACGGUUUUACAUAAGGACAAGGUCCAGAUCCACCCACACGCCGCAUUCCUUCCAAAGGUGGUCUCCACCUACCACCUGGGUCAGGACAUUUUUCUGCCAGUCCUCUGCCCCAAGCCUCACACGACUAGUGAGGAACGCCGUCUCCACACGCUCAAUGUGAGGCGAGCUCUGGCUCUCUACCUCGAGCGGACCAAGCCAUUCAGAAAGUCAUUGCAACUGUUCAUUGCCUCGGCUGAGCGCACGAAGAAUUAGCCGAUUUCCACUCAGCGGCUUUCUAAGUGGAUCACUUCAUGCAUCUGUCCCUGUUAUGAGCUGACAGGUGUCCCCCCGCUAUUCAUUGUGAGGAC